GGCUGUAACAAAAAUCCAGUAUGGCGGAAUCUGUCAGGAGAUGAAUUUUCUUUCCCCGUCCGCGCCCCCCCGUCGGAGUCUCUAACAUGGGAGAGAAAUAAAAGGCCAACCGAGCGGGAGACACGUCGGGACGCCUGGCCCUCCGCCUGGCCAGUGUUAGGUUGAUGCUGAUGCUAGACAGCGCGCUGCCUCUUUUAGUGCAGUAGCCACAUCAUUAGGCUAAUGGAGAUUGGCUGCUGCUGCUGCUGGACGCCUGCUUCCAGUUUCCUGUUCGAGCGUCCGGAGUGUUGGAUCAGCCCGAGCUCACAUUUAAGCGGAUGCUCCCAGACGCCCUUAGUUUUGGCAGGAUAACGGCCUCCCUGUGAAUAAUACUUGCAGUGAAUAAUACGCACACACACGGCCACCCCAUCACUUCUGUUCUGCAGCACACAAACACUCACGCAUAAACACAACGAGCCGGCUGCUCGAUUUGCUGAACUGUGUGGACACCAACCUGAUAGAGAUGACAUCAAACAGUCACCAAGAGGGAAUCCUGGGGAAGGAGCAGUCGCUCGAGGUCCUCAAGACGUCGGCGCUCAACCACAUCCCAACAGUGGACAUUAACUCUGCGCUGCCCCUGCGUCUGCCCCCUGCUGCCAUCCCCAUGGACCUGCGCGUUGAUCACCACCACCAGCAGCAGCAGCAGGUGUCGUCGCUCUCCCCGCCAGGCCAGCUCUCCCCCAGCUCCCUGGGAGGAUCGGGUGGCGGUGGCGGUGGCGGCGGUGUGGUGGCGGCCUCGGUGCGCGAGCAGCAGCUGCAGCAGGAGCUGCUGGCCCUGAAGCAGAAGCAGCAGAUCCAGAGGCAGAUCCUGAUCGCCGAGUUCCAGCGGCAGCACGAGCAGCUGUCCCGCCAGCAUGAGGCCCAGCUCCAGGAGCACAUUAAGCAGCAACAGGAGCUGCUGGCCCUGAAGCACCAGCAGGAGCUGCUGGAGCACCAGAGGAAGAUGGAGAACCACCGGCUGGAGCAGGAGCUGGAGAAGCAGCAGAGGGAGCAGAAGCUGCAGCUGCUGAAGAACAAGGAGCGGGGCCAGGAGAGUGCUGUGGCCAGCACCGAGGUGAAGAUGCGUCUGCAGGAGUUCGUCCUGAACAAGAAGAAGGCGCUGGCCCAGCGGAGCCUCAACCAGGGUGGCCUCCCCAACGACGCCCCCUACUGGUACCGAAAAACCCAACAUAGCUCUCUGGACCAGAGCUCGCCUCCACAAACCGCAGUGUCCACCUACAAUCACCCGGUGCUGGGCGUCUACAACCCUCGGGACGACUUCCCACUGCGAAAGACCGCCUCGGAGCCCAACCUGAAGCUGCGCUCCCGGCUGAAGCAGAAAGUGAGCGAGCGCCGCAGCAGCCCGCUGCUCCGCCGCAGAGACAGUCCCAUCACUACGGCCAAGAAGCGCUCCCUCGACAUGGCGGACUCGGCAUGCAGCAGCGCCCCCGGCUCCGGCCCCAGCUCCCCGAACAACAGCUCCAACAACAUCCCCAACGAGAACGGCAUCACUGUGUCCAUCUCCAACAACAUGGAGGCGUCUCUGGCCCAGCGGCUGUGCGGCGGCGGCGAUCAGGGCUCCAUCAACCAGCUGUCUCUCUACACCUCACCGUCCCUCCCCAACAUCACCCUGGGGCUGCCGGCCACUGCCACCGCCACCGCCGCCUCCAACGUGACUUCCGCUCAGGAUGCAGGCCUGCAACCAGCCCUCUCCCUCAGCCCCCCCUUUCUGUCCGGCGGCCAUUUGAGCCCCUACCUUGCAGAUAGCGGGUCCGGCGGCCAUGGCGCUCACAGCCCCCUGCUGCAACACAUGGUUCUGAUGGAGCAGAGUCCCGCUCAGAGCCCCCUGGUGACAGGCGUAAGCGGCAUGUCCAUGUCAUCGGCCUCCAUGGCCAAGCUGCAGCGGCAGCACCGGCCCCUGGGGCGGACACAGUCGGCGCCGCUGCCCCAGGGGAGCGCCGCCCAGGCCCACGCUCAGGCCCUGGCCCUGCAGCAGCUAGUGGUGCAGCAGCAGCACCAGCAGUUCCUGGAGAAGCACAAGCAGCAGUUCCAGCAGCAGCAGCUCCACCUCAACAAGAUGAUGGGGAAGCCUGGCGAGUCGCCCGUGGGGCGGCAGCACCAGAGCCACCCGGAGGAGACGGAGGAGGAGCUGAGGGAGCACCAGGACACCGGGGCCUUGCCACCGGGGGUCACCAUCAAGCAGGAGCCGCCGGACCCGCAGGAGCUGCAAGAGCUGCAGGAGGAGGCACUGCAGCAGCACCGCGAGCGGGAGCAGGAGCUGCUCUUCAGACAGCAGGCUCUGCUGUUGGAGCAGCAGCGGAUCCACCAGCUGAGGAACUACCAGGCGUCCAUGGAGGCUGCCGGCAUGUCCAUGUCCUUCCCUGGACACAGACCCCUGUCCAGGGCGCAGUCGUCUCCGGCCUCGGCGUCGUCCUUCCCCAUCAGCGUCCCCACGCAGGAUCCUCCCGUCAAGCCUCGCUUCACCACAGGCCUGGUGUACGACUCCCUGAUGCAGAAGCACCAGUGCAUGUGUGGAAACACCAACAGCCACCCGGAGCAUGCCGGGCGCAUCCAGAGCAUCUGGUCCCGGCUGCAGGAGACCGGACUCCGAGCUCAGUGUGAGUGUAUCCGUGGGAGGAAGGCCGCUCUGGAGGAGCUGCAGACGGUCCACUCUGAAGCCCACGUCCUGCUGUACGGAACCAACCCACUCCGGCAGAAACUCGACUGUUCCAUAACGCCCAUGUUCGUUCGGCUGCCGUGCGGAGGAGUGGGGGUGGACAGCGACACCAUCUGGAACGAGGUCCACUCGUCCAGCGCGGCUCGGCUCGCCGUCGGCUCCGUCGUGGAGCUGGUCUUCAAGGUGGCAACCGGAGAGCUAAAGAACGGUUUUGCGGUGGUUCGCCCUCCUGGACACCACGCCGAGGAAAGCACCCCCAUGGGCUUCUGCUACUUCAACUCGGUGGCCAUCGCGGCCAAACUGCUGCAGCAGAGACUCAGCGUCAGUAAGAUCCUCAUCGUGGACUGGGAUGUUCACCAUGGCAACGGCACCCAGCAGGCCUUCUACGACGACCCUAAUGUCCUCUACAUGUCUAUCCAUCGCUACGACGACGGCAACUUUUUUCCAGGAAGUGGAGCACCCGAUGAGGUGGGGAGCGGUCCAGGGGUGGGGUUUAACGUCAACGUGGCCUUCACCGGAGGCCUGGACCCCCCCAUGGGAGACUCAGAGUACCUGACUGCCUUCAGGUCUGUGGUGAUGCCGAUAGCCGACGAGUUCGCUCCAGACAUCGUGCUGGUCUCCUCUGGCUUCGACGCCGUGGAGGGACACCCCCCACCACUGGGCGGCUACACCCUGACCUCCAAAUGUUUUGGGUAUCUGACCAGACAGCUGAUGACCCUCGCUGGAGGCCGGGUGGUCCUGGCGUUGGAGGGAGGUCACGACCUCACCGCGAUCUGUGACGCCUCUGAGGCCUGCGUGGCCGCCCUGCUUGGACAAGAGCUAGAUCCGCUUCCAAAGGCCGUCCUGGAGCAGAGGCCCAACCCCAACGCAGUGCGCUCUCUGGAGAAAGUCAUAGAGACUCACAGUAAGUACUGGCGCUCGGUGCAUCGUUACUCAUCGCGGCUGGGACUCUCUCUGCUGGAGGCCAAGCGCGGCGACUCGGAGGAGGCCGAGGCCGUUAGCGCCAUGGCGUCUCUGUCUGUAGCCAACACCAACACAAUGGAUCAAAGGGCUGAGGAGGAGCCCAUGGAGGAAGAGGCUCCGCUGUAACUGAGGCAGGCGUCAGGGCGUUGCAGUUUUGCCAUUGACCUCUCCGGAGAAGAGCCUCGGCUGACGCCUUCAUUUAGUCGCCCUCGACCCCACUCACUACGUCAGUCACCUUGAUUGGCGAUCCCUCGGUCUAAAACGAGGGAGGGGGAGAGGGGCGUGCUCAGCCUCAGCGUAGGGAGCCAAUCAGAAGACAGAGGACUGAACUGAAAUGGGGGAAAAAAAAUAACAAAACUUAACGGCGUUGCUUAGCGGCACUCGUUUAGAGACACUCAUUGUUUUUUCUGUCAGUCUUCGCACCUUGGCGUCAGCCCACAGCGGCCGACUGUGCGAUCACGGCAGCCGAUCGAGAUCGGAUCUUGUCGCAGAAAGGAAAGGUGUGCUGUCACACCCGGUGCUUUGCGCAGCUGCCCUCUCUGACCGCAUUCAGUCGAGAAAGCAAGGACAGCGGACGUUCGCGGACGUCCUGGAGCAGCUCGGGAGGGGUGUGGGGAGGGUUGUGGGGGUAGUGAGGGUGUUUGUUUUUUCUCUUAACUUCAUUCCCCACUAAACAAGGGGAACGCCGCGGCAUCUGGGAGGACUUUUUUUUUUUUUUAAAGUGCCGCACUCACUGUGGAUUCCCGUUUCGCCGUCGUUCGAGAAAGGCUUUCGCAAAAGAUUUCGACGGCUGAGACGGUCGCCUCGCUGGAGCAGCCCACCGUCGAAGGUUGAUGAGUCAGAGGAGUGCCUUGGAGAGGGGGGUGGGGGGUCCGCCUGUUUUCAGGAUUGUUCAGGAAAAAGAUUGCCUUAAGUUUAACCGUUUCUCCCACCGAGGAAUUGGUGCGAGAAAGCAGACGGGGGAAGGAGGGAGGAAUGACGAAAAAAAAAAAAAAGCUAACAAUCUUUCAGCAUGUUUACUUAGAAAGUGACGGAGACGACAUUUAUGUCUCCGACGGCCUCUCUUGAAGAGUUACUUUACUUUUUUGAUGGAUCUAUUUUUCUGUAAAAAAGUUUAAAGAGAGAGAGAGAGAGAAAGAAACCGCUUUGUAAAAGGUAGUUGCCAGCUUCUUUAGACAACGGUGCAAACACUGAGAAAAGGAAUCGGGUCGCGAACUCUCACAGCAGUUUAGCCUUUGAUGUAGCCUCCCUUUAAGAGUCAACGCUUUUUGCAGAACAAUUUGCAGAGCAUGCAUUUUAAGCAGAUUUUAACGAAUGUUGCCCAAAAGAGAAAGGCGAGCAAGGAAAAAAAAAAAAGAAGCCAAAGCAUGAGUUUGCAUUUUUACCGUUCUCUUACAUGGAAAGGGCGAGUCGACACACAACAUUUCACGUAUUGGCCCUUUAACCCUCUAUGGUAUGCAUUAUGAUUCCAGUUAGGGAAAAAAAAAAAUAUCUGGAGUUUUAAAAAAAAAUUUUAUUAGUCUUAAAUCACACAGGCAAAUGAUAUCAGUUGCCGAUUAAGUGAAUGUCAUCAUAAAUCUGGUUGCAUUCUUACAACAAUUAAAGAUAAUUUUGAUGUUUGUAACCAUGAAACAAUGAACAAAAGCAAUACAAAACUUUUUAAUUUCUUGCUUUAUUUUUUUUUACAUUUGGUGCUCCACUCCCCUUCUUUUGCCGCCCUGGGCACCUGCCCACACAGCAAAAAAAUAGUUAACAUGAAAAAUUCUCCCAAAAUAAGUCUGAAAUAAGCUUUUCCAGAAGUUAUUUGGCAAAUCAAAGCACUCUUGUUGGUUCCUUAUGGUCUUUUGUCUGUUUUUAAAGUAUUGCAUCAUGUAAAGCGGUGCCUUUCGGAGCUCUGGCAGGCCAACAUGGUACCAUAGAGGGGGGCGGCAAAGCUCCCAAUACCCGGUCCAACGUUUACUGAUUUAAUCCGCCUCGGAUCAGGUGAGCAUUUCUUUACGCGUGCUGAUCGAAAGGGUGGCAACUACCUUAAUGUGAGCUUCACACCAGUCGUGUAAAUUUAACUGAAUAUAUUUUGAUCGUAAUCCAAGUAUUGUCGGUUUGUAUCUACGUGUUUGAGUUUCCGCAUCGAUGUGGUCGAUCUUAUGAUAUCAGAAACGUGUUCGGUUCAGCGAGUCCGUUUUUUUUUUUAACCUGCAAGAUUAUUUUUCUAACGUCUUGUUUUUUUUUCAUGCAUAGGUUUCGUCGUGUUUUGUUUUCAUCCAUUUUUUUUCUGGAUUGAUAUAGUUCUGCGUUCAUGUACUUUUAGUGCUAUUGUUGUUUAUUCUUUCUUGUAUUUAUGGAAAAUGAGGAGCAACACUUCCUUUCUUUCUUUCUUUCUUUCUACGGCUCCCGAAGCCUUUUUCAGCAUUUUCAUCAACUAUGUAUUUAUAACAUGUACUGUUUAUAGGAGAUUUGUAUAUGGAAACUUUAUAAAUGUACUCUUACCUAAUGACAGCUAUGAUAUUGUGAGCAAAAAAAUCUUAGUACGGUGUAUAAACAGCGUAUUUAACUC